AACUUUUUUUAAGAGCGGAAAUGAGGAGUCGCCACUUUUUCCGCGUCAAGUUCGUGGAAGACUUUUUUGUUUUUUUCAUUUCCUUGUUUUUUUUUCACAGAGGGGCAAGAGGCGUGCGUUCACCAUGAGAGAGAAAGCAGAGAGCUGUCCUCGCCUGCAGCUGGAUCCUCUCCGCUCCUGUCCAGUUUUUGGUUGUUCCUAUUUUUCGUCGUUUUGACUCAAAGUGGAUGCGAAAACGCAACAUUUCCGUUAUGCGAAGUCCAACUUGUUGGUUAGUCGAGCUGCGGUGGGUGCCCGACCGAGAUAACGGAGAACUGCUCCUCAGCAGUUGUGGUUACUGCAAUGAAUGGUAACACUGUUCAUCCAGGCCACCGCAGCAGCACCGCAGGAGGAGGCUGGAGGGAGUUCUGUGAGCUCCAUGCCAUUGCUACGGCGCGCCAGCUCGCGGGACACUACCGCAGCUUUGCCCAGGAGCGCCAUGAUGCGUUGUCCCCGGAGAACUUCUCCAAACAAUUCACCGACCUGUUCCAGCAGUAUUUCUGCUGUGAGGUGGAGAAGGAUGCUCAGACCAACCCCAGCUCCUGCCCCCAUGCCCUCAAUGUCCCCCCAUCUGAGGUCCAGGACUACCGCCAGGCUGCCCCCAACAGGCCUGGAGCUACUCUCUUUACUGUUGUGUCCCAAAAAGCAGAGCUGGUGGCGGUAAGCCCUGAGCAGGAAGUGCCCCUUCGAUGUUCAGCAGGGAACCCUGUCGUGUUCACACGUGUUGUUUGUAGCCGUAGUAACGAAGACCUUCCAGGCUCGGAGCGGCCUCAGGUAUCGCCGCGGCUCUCGUCCGACUUGACCCCGGCUCAUGCUGAUAUCACACAUUUCUCCGUCAGUCAGAUCCGAAAGACUGUUUCUCGUCUGCUCCAGAAGAGCCCUCCAGCUGCACAGCGCCACCAUGUGGACAGGGCCGAACCAGUGUCGUCCUCUUCUUCUGCAGGCUCUGACACGUUGCUGCUGCCCUCCUCCUCUCGCCCCACGCCAGGGGUGACCUCUCACUUCCUGGAUCGUUUCCGGUGGCUCCGCCCUGGCAGCAUGCGGCGCAGGGGGGCAGAGCUGGGCAGCUGUUGUAAAGAGGACCUGCUCCGCUACCUGCAGGUGGACGACACCAUCUCAGACUCUCAGCCUCAAUGGCAACGCUGCCGCCUGCUGGUCAGGAGGGUCAGGGACACGCAAAGAGGCAGAGGCGUAGGGGAGAGGUACCAGCUUGAGCUCUAUGAUCCUCCAAAGGCUUCCAGUCCUAAACUCACCACAAACUGCUCAGACAUUCAGGAAGUGCGUCGCUGCAGCCAGCUGGAGAUGCCGGACAAUUUGAACACAUUCGUAAUAAAGGUUAGCAGAGGAAGUCUGAUCUUUGAGACAGACAACGAGCAGCAGGUGAGCUCUUGGACCACAGAGCUAAGGGAGUGCGUCAGUAACAGCAGGCCGGGCAGCGUGGAUCUAGAGCCCAUCUCUUCUUCUGCCGACAACUCCGAGUUUGGAAGCCACGCCCCCAUCACCUUCAGUGUACCAGAGCCUUCAGUGCCUCAGAGAGCAGAGCACUUCCUGUUUUCAUUCCCCUGGUUCCAUGGGCCCAUCUCCAGGGUUAAAGCCGCUCACCUGGUCCAGAGCUCCGGCCCCGAGGGACACGGCGUCUUCCUCGUCCGUCAGAGCGAGACGAGGAGAGGAGACUACGUGCUCACAUUCAACUACCAGGGAAAAGCUAAGCACCUGCGGCUGUCGCUGACGGAGUGGGGACAGUGCCGUGUACAACACCUGCGCUUCCCCUCCGUCAUGGACAUGCUCAGUCACUUCCGUUUGUUCCCGAUCCCCCUGGAGUGUGGUGCCGCGGGGGCUGUGCUGCUCUCCAGUUAUGUGGUGGCCGGCUCCAGUCCUCCUGCACAAGGUCAGCUGCCAGCGACCAUCUUGGCUCCUUUUUCGCUGCACCGCUGGAGCUCAGAGCCCAGUCUGGCAUCAGGGAGCAGUUGCACUGUGAGACCUGUCCCACAGCCAGAGCCCCCCCCAAGAGAAGCGCCCUCCCGCGCCCACGCCCCACUCCCUGCCCCUCCCCCUGCCGUGCCUCUGCGCCGCAGUGAGUCCAUGGGCCCGCGGCCGCUGUUUCCGCCAUCCGCCCUGCCCCACAGACACUCAGACUACGAGCUGGAACCGCUCCGAGGACGAAAGCGCGCCAUAGACAACCAGUACAUGUUACUAUGACCUCUGACCUCAGUGUGACCCUAACAUGAUAAAUACAACAUACAACGCAGUGAGCCUCAUGAACUGUCUGCUCGUGCAGCACGCACACAGCACCAGUGUCCACAGUGAAUGUAAACGUUCUGACCACAGCUCCCCGGUCAGCCCUGUGCGGACGCGGGGGUCUGGCCCUGUCAUAAUGGGGAGGGGGGGGGGCCUCCUGCGGUCAGUGGGCGGAGCCUGAGCUCUUCUGCCCCCUGCAGGUGUUGUACCAAAGCCUCGACGUGAGAGUGAAGGACACUGGACAGACUCACGGUGCACUUUACACUGUGUACUUUCUAUAUAUUUGUACAACACUCUUAGUUAAGACGAGAGUUUGAAACAGCACAGUCCUGACAGGCCGAUCCGGCGCCACAGUGGACUCAUCCCAACACAAGAUGAUGUCUCCUAUGUUUAUGAAGUUAGUUUUAUAUCUGUUUUUGAGACGGGACAAAUUGUAAACGUUCACUUGUUGCAUAGAUCUUAGAUGAAGCUGCAAUAGUGAGUGGAGCGGACUCUGCCUCACUGUCUCCAGGAGCAUCCUGCUAACUCUUUAAACUCCAGAACCAGCCACAUCAUUUCUUUGAGUCAAAUCAUAUCUAUUUAUUAUUUACAAGACAAAAAGGUAACAUUGAGUAAAUACACAUUUUUCAACAAUAGAGUGAAUCCUUGUUUGCCCAAAUCAAGAGUCUGCAAAAGUUCCGUUGUGCCUUAAUAAUAAUGAAAUGAGACCAUAGACUGUAUUAGUGGACAUAGUUAACCUGCUAUUGUGAUCCAAACAGGUAGUGAUCAUGGGCGCACUCCAGCUCCAUCGGCUCAGAUUCACUUUCUGUUGAAAAACUGUGGCCCCUCUCUCUGUAACUGCUGCCGUCAGGCUCGCCAUUUUGGUCAUAUUAAUCCGCUCUACGUGAUCCUGGUAUUUUAUUUCACUAUUGUGUCUGUAAGUCAAGACAUGAACAUUAAUAAUAGACAAAUCAAGUGCCUUCUUUCACCGAGGUCGCUCCCGUUAGCGUUAGUAACAGGUUUGAUUGACAACGUUGCUAAGCGGUCGCUCCCUGCUAAACCAGCGGUGUGGAAGAAGGGGAAUUACCUUCAACAGCCUCGCUCUAGAUUGGCUCAUUGGUUGCUAUGAUACUCGUGGCUCCAAAUUGGCCCCUAUGACGGCUAGUCUCAAUGAGCUUCAUUUGACUAAAGCCGAACGCCACUCUCACUUAGUCCACGUAUUUAUACAGUCUAUGAAUAAUACAUAUGCUAUUUUCUUACAACUCAAACAUUCUAGCUCGAAACCUGUUUGAAAAUCAGACAGAAACAUUGUGUGGUUGGUGAUGGAGGCGAUAUGCUUUAACCACUAACAAAGCUCUUUAGGAUACAGGAGACCCCAAGUGCCAGUGUGUUACAGUGAAGGUAUUUACAGUACAAACUUGUAUUUAUUAGUAUUACAAUGACCAGACCUCACCAGCUCUCCUCUGUCUGAGCGGACUUCAGGACAUCAGCAAACAACGCGUAAAUAUCUGGGUGUGGCACACGGUUUCAUACACAUCUAUAUUUGAUCCACUGAUAAAAAUCCAGAAAUGCCUUUAACAGAAAAUGGAACCAUCCCUUUAACAUGAUUCUAACUCCAGCUCCUCUUUUAUACUCACAGCAUUAACACAAACCAGAACAUGUCUUUGGUACAUAUGAGAUAAACCUGGAGAGACUCUAUUUUUAUGAAUGAAACUUUACCCGCUCAUCAUUGGAGAUAGUGCCUUAAAAUCUCGCAAACAUUUUCAGGCCAGUAUUUUUUUUAUUGCUCAGGCGAGAUCAUUUCAGAAUAAAAACUUAAUUAACCCAAAGAAAUUAUGUAAACAGCUAGAGUUAGACCGAUAUUUGCACUUCUUUGUCUAUCAGAUAUCGGCCUAAACUCUCCAGCAGAGGGCGAUAUUUAGGUUUUUUGCCGUUUUGACGCCUAAAAACACACAUAAAGCUUUAUUUGAACACAAGAGUUUAGCUGCAAAAACUUAACAAUAGCUCCAUUAUAGGAUUGUGGUGGAACAGCUGCGUGAGUCUAGUAAAUUUGAGUAAAAUAAUAAAAAUCAGCUCUAUAUAUAUAUAUAUAUAUAUAUAUAUAUAUCUCGACCCAAAAAUAUUGUCAGAGCUCAUCCUUUGUUUAAGCUGGAUUCUUAAUAAUCGGUAUCGGCCACGGGAAAACCCACAUCGGUCCAUUUCUUUAGUGUUUACCCAGCAGCACAGUGGUUCUACUCCCCCUUGUGACCAAUCAAAGUCACUGCAUUUAUUUAAACACAGACGUCUACAGCAAAUCCCCUUGCAUUCACAAUAUACAAACACGAGGUCGGUAACCAGACAUUGUAUUCAAGUAAGAAUACUUUAAAGCUGCACUAUGUAACUUUUCUGGUGGAGGGUACGCCACCUGUUUGUCACCAUGGAGAUGCAUAUUAUUUCUUUGUCAGUACAUUAUUGCAUUAAAUGUGUGUAAAUCUCCAUGGAGAGAAGCAGGCGGCAUGGAUACUACUAAGUUACGGAGUCUGUCCUGUUGAGAUGCGAGCCCGCUCGUAGAACGCAUGUUUUUCAAGGUAUUUUUUUACUCAAGUGUAAUAGUUUGCUACCCACCUCUACACGUAGAACUGGUUAAAAUAUAGGCUAAUCAUAAAAUAUGUCUCGGGUUACAUUACAUUUUUUUACAAUCUCCAUGGGAAAAAUGUGCUUUGUCUAAUCUUUGCUUUAACACUAACUUUAGCCGUGAUCAAAGACUGUAUAUUUAAAUGGACAUAGCUAACCUGCUAGCCGCCGUGUUUCAAAUAGGAAGUGAUCAUGGACGCGCUUCCGGCUCCAUUGAAUCUGGCUCCAAUUCAUUUUAUAAUGAAAAGCUGUGGCCCCUCUCUCUGUAACUGCUGCUGUCAGGCUCGCCAUUUUGGUCUUAAAUGUUUGUAUUAACCUGCUCCACAUGAUCCUGGGGUUUUUAUUUCACUAUUAUGUUCGGAAAUCAAAAUAUGAACAUUAAUAACAGACAAAUCAGGCGCCUUCUUUCCCCAAGGUCUCUCCCAAUAGCGUUAGCAACAGGUUUGAUUGACAGCGGUGCGGUAAGGAAGGGGCAUUACCUUCAACAGCUUCACUCCGGAUUGGCUCUUUGGUUGCUAUGAUAGGCACAAUCGGAAUUCCAAAUAUGGGACUCUGCUCCAAAUUGUCCCUAUAACUGCUCUAGCCUCGAUGAGCUUCAUUUGACUGGAGCCAAACGCUGUGGGUGAAGUUACACUCAGUCCACUUCUUUAUACAGUCUAUGGCCAUGAUCAAACCUCCUCUGCUUUUUAGUGUAGACUUCAGUAGUUUCUUCAGUUCUUGAAUAGGUCCCUCUGACUUCUCGUUAUAGCACAAAGAGUCAGCUCCGUCUACCAAUGUAACAAUGGUUGAGUCGUUUUAUGUUUUGUUUAUUUUUGAAUUGCAAACCAAACCGCUGGGGUUUUAAGGGGAUCAGAACUCAGACGUUUUGGCAAAAGUACGGUUGGCCUUCCUGUCAUUUUGUGCCCCAGUUUCAAGCUUUUUUUUUGUAUUAUUUAUGUGGGAAAGCAACGGUAACAAUUAGUCUUUGAUACAAAACAUUUUUUUAUGGAAAUAACUGUCUUUGCCCUGUAGCUGCUGUUGCUUUUCCCCUUUCUCCAAACUCAGGGUGUGAAUGUGGUGCAGAACUUGUGUAGUGCAAUAUGUGAGGGACGCCCAGUGCUUCACACCUUUAUGAACGCCUUUGAAUGAAGUGGAAGAAUUCUGUGUGUGAUAAAGCUGUAUUAUGUAACUUUCCCAAUGGGGAGUUUGCCGCCUGCUUGUCACUAUGGAAAUGUGAUUGCUUUGCAGGAAAUAUUCCACAGUAUGCAGUAAAAGAAAAAUUGAAAUCUGUCAAUUGGAUAAAAAGGCAAAAUGAGUGACAGUGAAAGACAGAUUUUAUUUUUUCUUUUACUGUGGCUCACACCUGGACGAGUGAGGGACACCGACGCU